CUUUAGUUUCUUGUUAAACCAUUUGGAAAUCGAGCAGCUGAUGGGUAUUCCGGCCGCCACCAACAUGAAACAGUGCUUCUUCUUGGCGGCAUUGUUAGCUCUAAUGAUUAGCAGCAGCAGCGGCAGCACUCGGCCGCGCAAGCUGAUCAGUACAGAGAUGCCAAUGGCGGAGAGACACGAGCAGUGGAUGGCACAGCACGGGCGCGUGUACAAGGACGAGGCAGAGAAGCAGCGCCGGUUCCAGAUCUUCAAGUCCAACGUCGAGCGCAUCGAGUCGUUCAACGCCGAAGGGAGGCACAAGUACUUGCUGGGCGUAAACCAGUUCGCCGAUAUGACUAACGAGGAAUUCAGGACCUCGCGCACUGGCUUCAAGAAUAUCAAGGCUCCGGCGAACGCAAUCGGGAACAGAGGAUUCAGGUACGAGAGCAUCUCUGCGACGCCAGUGAGCAUGGACUGGAGGGCGAAAGGCGCAGUCACUCCCGUCAAAGAUCAAGGGCAAUGUGGGUGUUGUUGGGCGUUCUCCGCUGUGGCCGCAAUGGAGGGGAUCACCAAGCUCUCCACCGGCAAAUUGAUCUCGCUCUCCGAGCAAGAGCUGGUGGACUGCGACGUCCACGGCGAGGACCAGGGCUGCAACGGCGGCCUCAUGGACGAAGCGUUCAAGUUCAUUAUAAAAAACGGCGGCCUCGCCGGCGAAGCCAAAUACCCCUACCAGGCCAGCGACGACACCUGCAGCAAACAGAAAUCUUCCCCCUCUGCCGCCGCCAUUCGAGGUUACGAGGACGUGCCGGCCAACGACGAGGAGGCGCUGCGCAAGGCCGUGGCCCACCAGCCGGUGUCGGUGGCGAUAGAGGCCAGCGGGUUCUCCUUCCAGUUCUACACGAGCGGCGUCUUCACGGGCGAGUGUGGCACCAAUCUGGAUCACGGGGUGACUGCGGUGGGAUACGGCGCGACGAGUGACGGCACCGAGUACUGGCUGGUGAAGAACUCUUGGGGUGCUAGCUGGGGAGAGAAAGGGUAUAUAAGGAUGGAGCGAGAUGUGGAUGCCAAGGAAGGUUUGUGUGGUAUCGCCAUGGAGGCUUCCUACCCAACCGCUUGAAUUCAACCUACCCAGCUGCAUGCACGCAUGCAUAUUCACUAGUCCAUGUAUGCCUUAUAUAUCCUGCUAUAUAUCCAGUCAAUGUCUACCAAUGUAUAGCUAUAUGUCUGUAUGUAUGUUUCCGUACGUAUGUGUACAUGUAUAGUUAUUGUCUCUGAUCUUGUUGAUUAUAAGCAACAUGACAAGUAGAAUGAUAAAUGAA